AUGGAACAUACAUAUCAAUAUUCAUGGAUCAUCCCUUUCAUUCCACUUCCAGUACCUAUUUUACUCGGAGCUGGACUUCUACUUUUUCCGACAGCAACAAAAAACCUUCGACGUAUGUGGACGUUUCUGAGUAUUUUUUUGUUAAGUAUAGUUAUGAUCUUUUCGCUCUAUCUAUCUAUUCAACAAAUUUUUCUAAGUUGCAUUCAUCAAAAUGUAUGGUCUUGGACCAUAAAUAAUGAAUUUUCUUUUGAGUUCGGUUACUUUAUUGAUCCACUUACUUCUAUUAUGUCAAUAUUAAUUACAACUGUUGGAAUUUUGGUUCUGAUUUAUAGUGAUAAUUAUAUGUCUCAUGAUCAAGGAUAUCUGAGGUUUUUUGCUUAUAUGGGUUUUUUUAAUACUUCAAUGUUAGGAUUAGUUACUAGUUCUAAUUUGAUCCAAGUUUAUUUUUUUUGGGAAUUAGUUGGAAUGUGUUCGUAUUUAUUAAUAGGUUUUUGGUUCACACGACCUAUUGCAGCGAAUGCCUGUCAAAAAGCUUUUGUAACCAAUCGUGUAGGGGAUUUUGGUUUAUUAUUAGGAAUUUUAGGUCUUUAUUGGAUAACUGGCAGUUUCGAAUUUCAAGAUUUGUUCGAAAUAUUCAAUAAUUUAAUAUUAAAUAAUAGAAUAAAUCUCUUAUUCCUUACUUUGUGUGCAUUUCUAUUAUUUGUGGGUCCUAUUGCUAAAUCUGCACAAUUUCCUCUUCAUGUAUGGUUGCCGGAUGCCAUGGAGGGCCCUACUCCUAUUUCGGCUCUUAUACAUGCUGCUACUAUGGUAGCAGCGGGAAUUUUUCUUGUAGCUCGUCUUCUUCCUCUUUUUAUAGUUAUCCCUUCUAUAAUGUAUAUAAUAUCUUUGAUAGGUAUAAUAACAGUACUCUUAGGAGCCACUUUAGCUCUUGCUCAAAAAGAUAUUAAGAGAGGUUUAGCCUAUUCUACAAUGUCUCAACUGGGUUAUAUGAUGUUAGCUCUAGGUAUGGGGUCUUAUAGAUCCGCUUUAUUUCAUUUGAUUACUCAUGCUUAUUCGAAAGCUUUGUUGUUUUUAGGAUCUGGAUCCAUUAUUCAUUCAAUGGAAGCUAUAGUUGGCUAUUCUCCUGAUAAAAGUCAGAAUAUGAUUCUUAUGGGUGGUUUGACAAAACAUGUGCCGAUUACAAAAACUGCCUUUUUAGUAGGAACACUCUCACUUUGUGGUAUUCCCCCCCUUGCUUGUUUUUGGUCUAAAGAUGAAAUUCUUAAUGAUAGUUUGUUAUUUUCGCCAAUUUUUGCAAUAAUAGCUUGUUCAACAGCGGGAUUAACCGCAUUUUAUAUGUUUCGGAUUUAUUUACUUACUUUUGAAGGCCAUUUAAACACUUAUUUUAUAAAUUAUAGUGGAAAAAAAAGUAGCUCCUUCUAUUCAAUUUCUUUAUGGGGUAAAGAAGAAGAUAAAAAACUUAAUAGGAAUUUUGGGUUAGUACCAUUAUUAACAAUGAAUAAUACGAAAAGAGCUUCUUUUUUUGGCAAUAAAACAUAUAAAAUUAGUAAUAAUGUAAGAAAUCAAACUUUUAUUACUGUUGAAAAUUUUGGACUUAAUACAAGAACUUUCUAUUAUCCCCAUGAAUCAGACAAUACUAUUCUAUUUCCUAUGCUUGUAUUGCUUUUAUUUACUUUGUUUAUUGGAGCCAUAGGAAUUCCUUUCAAUCAAGAAGGAAUAGACUUUGAUAUAUUAUCAAAAUUAUUAACGCCGUCGAUAAACCUUUUGCAUACCAAUUCAGAAAAUUUUGUAGAUUGGUAUGAAUUUUUGAAAAAUGCAAUUUUUUCAGUCAGUAUAGCUUUGUUUGGAAUAUUUAUAGCAUACUGUUUAUAUAAGCCUUUUUAUUCAUCUAGAUUAAAUUUAACUUUACUUAAUUCAUUUCAAAAGUGGAGUUCUAAAAGAAUUAGGUGGGAAAAACCAAUAAAUUUUGUAUAUAAUUGGUCAUAUAAUCGUGGUUACAUAGAUACUUUUUUUAAAAAAUCUUUAACUGAAAGUAUAAGAAAAUUAGCAAAACAAACGAAUUUUUUUGAUAAACGAAUCAUUGAUGGAAUUACAAAUGGAGUAGGUAUUACAAGUUUCUUUGUAGGAGAAGUAACAAAAUAUAUAGGUGGAAGUCGCAUCUCUUCUUAUCUGUUCUUGUAUUUGUGCUAUGUAUUGAUUUUUUUAACGAUCCUCUUUUUUUUUUAUUUUGAAAAAUUCUAA